UAGAACAAUUUGGACCAGAGAGUGCUGAAGCCAUGUCCUUUGGAGACUCAUUAAUUUAGUCAGUUUCAUGCUGAUCGUGCGCAUGAGUGGAAGCGUCUUCAGACCCAUCUCUAAUUUGCCCUACAUUCGUCUCCUAGAGAGAUGCUCGACCAUGGACCAACUGAAACAAAUUCAGGCGCAGUUAAUCACCACUGGGCUAGCUCGUUUCACCUACGUCGCCAGCAAAAUCUUGGCCUUCUGUGCACCGUCCGGAACGGGUGACAUGAACUAUGCGGGGACAGUUUUCAAUCAAAUUGUGGCGCCCACUACCUUUGAUUUCAAUACCAUGAUAAUGGGUUACUCCAGAAGCUCAGAGCCCGAAAAGGGUCUCGGAGUCUAUGUUCUGAUGCGAAGCCAAGGCUUUGAACCAAAUGCCUGCACUUUCCCGGCUUUGGCCAAAGCUUCUGCUUGUGUAAAUUCAGUGUAUCAGAUUCAUGGUCAGGUGCUGAAGUUGGGGCAUGGUUCUGAUGUUUUUGUUAUAAGUUCCUUCAUAUGCAUGUACUCGAAAUAUGGAGCAACAAAUUUGGCUUACCAAAUGUUUGAAGAAAGUUCGAUUAGAAAUGUAGUUUGUUGGACCAGUCUUAUUAGUGGCUACUGUAGUAAUGGGUUUGUUCAUGAAGCUCGCCAAGUUUUUGAUUCAAUGCCUGAAAGAAAUGAUGUUUCUUGUAGCGCUAUGGUUUCUGGGUAUGUUUGGAAUGAGCAUUUCAAUGAGGCGAUCGAGCUGUUUCAAGGGCUCAAGAUUUGUGGUAAAGUGAAGUUGAAUCGGUCUCUUUUGGUGGGCGUUCUAACUGCCUGUGCGGCUGUGGGUGCUUAUGAGGAAGGAAAGUGGAUACGCUCUUAUAUAAAUAGGAACUACUCAGUGCAUGAGCUUGAGCUGGGCACUGCACUGAUACAUUUCAAUGCAAAAUGUGGUCAUAUAAAACCUGCAUUAGAUAUCUUCAGUAAAAUGCCCUUCAAAGAUGUAAGAACUUGGAGCUCUAUGAUCUUGGGAUUAGCAAUCAACGGGAAUAAUGAGAUGGGUCUUGAUCUUUUUGCCGAGAUGGAAAGAGAGGGACCUAAACCAAAUGCAAUAACAUUUGUUGGAGUUCUAGCUGCUUGUAAUCACAAACCUCUAGUGAAUGAAGCUUGGAGAUUAUUUGGCCGUAUGAGUAAAGUUUACGGUAUAUCACCUGCGAUUGAGCACUAUGGCUGCAUGGUUGAUAUCUUAGCCAGGGCAGGCCGAAUAAAAGAGGCAGAGGUUCUGAUAAAGAGUAUGCCAAUGCAACCAGAUGGAGCUAUAUGGGGAUCUUUGCUUAAUGGGUGUCUGAUGCAUGGCCAUGUUGAAUUGGGGGAGAGAACAGGGAAGCUUUUGAUCCAGAUAGAGCCUCAACAUAGUGGGAGGUAUGUCCUCCUGGCAAAUAUGUAUGCUGUAAUGGGCAGCUGGGAGGGUGUGGUGAGGGUAAGGGAAAUGAUGAAAGAGAGGAAAGUAGAUACAUUUCCUGCUUGGAGUUUCAUUGAGAUUGAGGGAGUAGUCCAUAGAUUUGUUGCGGAUGAUAAAUCUCACUCUCAAUCAAGAGAUAUCUGCGGAGUUUGGAAUCAACUUAUCAAGGAAUUUAUGUCUCUGUCCCAUGGAUCAGUUGAGGCAAAUAUCUUCUAAUCUUUGGUGACUUCUGUAGUUUAGUAAUACCGUUCAAUGUAAAGAACAAUGAAACAGCGGCGUUGAUUCUGCCAAUCAAAUGGGGUCUAAAUACACCCUACCGAUACUUUAGUAGGAAUUUUGUCAGUUCCAAUUGGUGCUGGGUCAAGUUAUAUUGGCUUGAAUGCUAACCCAUCAAAGCUUUUGCCUGCCAAGGCAGCAGUUGCAUGGACCAGGAAAACUGUCUCUAAUGGCUCUAGAACCCAAUGCAUGAAG